AUGGGUAAGGGGUCAGCAAAAGGCAAAUCAAAACCAGCCGGUGCCCCGAGCGGCCCAGACAACGGCCCGGCUGAGGUUGACUUGUCGGUUGAAACCGCACCCCGCACUUAUGUCUACAUGGGCAAAGUGCCUGCAGACAGCUCGGCCAGCGCAAAGGGGUUGAAGGGGAAGAAGGGUUCACCUGCAGCCACUGGUAAAGGCGGCGGAAUGAAAGGGCCGAAAGGCAAAGGGGUGGCAAAGGGUAAGGAUGGGCACGAUCCUGCGAAGGGAGGGGCUGCAACCAAGGGGAACGACCCUAAAGGGGGCAAGGCCAAAGGUAAGAGCAAAGGUGGGAAGCCCAGCGGCGAGCCAUCCGAGUGUCACACACCCACCCCAAAGCAGCUGGAUCCCGAUGGUUUGAACACAGGCACUCCACCGACCAAGCCGCCCACGAAUCUGCCUACCAGUGAUACCAAGCUCAAGGGUGAGGCCAAGGGUACUGGUGCCAGUCAGACUGGCAAAGGUGCCGUUGAUCAAAGUGGUAAAGGCAAAGGUUGGAAUGGUUGCAAAGGAAAGACCGGGGCUCAUGAUCAAGCCAUGUGCGAGAAGGAUGCUGUUGCUCAGACGGGCAAAGACAGCCAGGGAGGCAAAGGAAAGGCGAAUGCUUCUGCCGACAUGGGCAAAUCGCCUGCAAUCAGCCCGGCCCCAAGCACCAGCAGUGCAAAGGGAUCGAAGGGAAAGAAGGGGUCACCUGCAGGAGCCACUGGCAAAGGCGGCGGAAUGAAAGGGCCAACCGGCAAAGGAGUGGCAAAGGGUAAGGAUGGGCAGGAUCCUGCGAAGGGAGGGGCUGCAACCAAGGGGAACGACCCUAAAGGGGGCAAGGCCAAAGGUAAGAGCAAAGGUGGGAAGCCCAGCGGCGAGCCAUCCGAGUGUCACACACCCACCCCAAAGCAGCUCGAUCCCGAUGGUUUGAACACAGGCACUCCGCCACCGACGCCACCCACGAAUCUGCCUACCAUUGACACCAAGCUCAAGGGUGAGGCCAAGGGUACUGGUGCCAGGCAGACUGGCAAAGGUGCCGUUGAUCAAAGUGGUAAAGGCAAAGGUGGGAAUGGUGGCAAAGGAAAGACAGGCAACGCUGCUGGGCAGACCAAAGGCACUCAGGGUGGCAAAGGAAAGAAGGGGGUGGCUGGCAAAGGCGGGGUCGAUGGCAAUGUGAUCGAUCACACUGGGCAGAAAAGGCCUUUGGAAGCAGAGCCUAUCGACCGUGGUGUGUCUAUCCUCCGUCUCGAUACCAACAUCUCGGAGCUUAGUGAUGGAACUGGGCCUGUGGAUAUGGAGCCGCUGAGCAAGCCCACCGAGCCCCAACAUGCGAGGCCGCUCACCGAAAGUGAGAAGAAGCAAAUCGAGGCUUACGCAAAGGACUUGUCGCCCAAUGGGCUGCCACGCCUCCAGGAUCGCAGGUUCGAGUUUCUCCGGGCUUUCUUGCUGGACAAGGACAACCUCGCCUCGAUUAAAGUCGAGCCUUACUAUGAGGAGCACCUCGGCUUUUUGAUGCUUUCAGAAAGCAAAGAAAAGGAGAAGUUUAUCGAGCUCCCACUAUGCAUCAUCCGUCAGAGGUACGAAGGUUUGCCAGGCGGGAAGGAGUUUGUGGAAAACCUGCAGAAGAGCCAGAUUGGGAAGAAGCACCCACAGUCGGAUUUAGCAGAAAUGCGGAUCUACAAGCUGUUCGAAAGCGUGGAGUCUUCCAGUGCCAGCAUCAACCGCUGUGGCAAUCGCACGAGCGCAGCUAUGACUCCAUCCAGCAACAGGGCGGAGAGAAAGGCCAUAGCUGAAGCUUUGGAGGGUAAGGUUGCAGGCAUGAACAAGAUCGCCACAACGCAAGCACCCAAAGGGAGCGGCAAGGGCAAAGGGAAGAAGAAGACGAAGGACCGAUUCUUUGGCACAGCACUUCUAUGGCCGGACGCUAGAUGA